GCCACAAAGUAAGAGACAUCUGCUGCAGACGCCAGCGUAGAAGAAGAAAGAAAAGCACGGGACUUUUUCCGGUUGAAGUGCGGGAAAUAAAUGUGCGUAGAGGAUUGCUGCAGGAAGACGUGGGAGUGAAAAUGCUGCUGGUUUUGUGUGAAGAACACAAGGAACAUCUCAGCUUCCUGCACGAAGUGGACGCAGCAGUUGUUGGAGAGUUUGGCCGCAUCGCUUUGGAAUUCCUGAGGAAAGGAGCUAGCCCAAAAAUCUAUGAGGGAGCUGCCAGGAAACUGUCUGUGCCCGUGGAGAUGGUGCAGCACGGCGUGGAGGGCCUCAUGUUCCUCAUGACUGAGAGCUCCAAACACAUGCUUUCUGAGGUGGAUUUUUUGGACUCAGUGCUGGCUCUGGACUUUGGUGACGACCUCAGCCAGACUCUCCUGCAGAUGUACCAGCAGAAUCAGAAUGAGAUCCGCAGCAUGUUGAGUCUGGUUCCUUCCAACUUGCCCGCUUACCAUAACAUGGAGUGGAGACUGGAUGUACAGUUGGCGAGUCGCUCCCUCCACCAGAUGGUGGCGCCCAUGUUGACCACCAGGCUGCUCCUGACACGCAGACGCGGUUCCUGCACGGAACACAGCAGCAGGGUUCUUCAGGUGGACCUCAGCACCCUCCUGCACUUCAUCUCCGUGCUGGAGGGGGCUCUCGGGGCCCUGAAGACCACCCACGCUCGUCGUAUUUUGCGUAACAUAAAAUAACCUGCUGACUGACAAGCUGAAAGAGCACCAACUUGACUGACUGUCCAAGAUGUCGUUGUUCUUGUCAACAGAAGGCAUGCAUUCACGCCAUGUUUGAUACUUUGCAUUGGCGACGUGAUGUCAGGGACCAUCCUUCUUUUUUCUUGACACUGAAUUUUUGUAACUGACUUUUUGCAUUUGAAUUUUGUGAACUUAUUUUUUUGCUUACAAUUUCAUUGAAAAAAAUGUAAUGUAAAAAAAACCAAAACUGUAAAAACACUUGAGUGCAGAAAUAUUUGUUGCUUCAAAACUCAAGAUGCACUUCUGGUAAUUUAAGACUGAAGCACCUCAUUGGCUGGUUCUGAGAUUGCUUAAGUCAGGGGUCCCCAAACUACGGCCCGGCCAGCGUCCAAAAUCCGGCCCACGGGAAGUCUAGCUAAAAAAAUAAAAAAAAUUUUUAAAUUUAUUUGUCCUUUCUAAUCCAUUUUCUACCGCUUAUUACUCUCGGGGUCUCCUAGCUGCUCAGACAAAUGAUAUUGUCCAAAAAUGCAUUUUCUCAUAAAUAACGUGACGUCAUCGCGCUCAAUUAAUUUGUGAGGAAUACACACACACACACAUAUACACACACACACACACACACACACACACACACACACACAAACACACACACACACAGAGAGAGAGAGAGAGCCCGGCCUCCGGCCAAAUUUUCUUAACCCAAUGCGGCCCGCGAGUCAAAAAGUUUGGGGACCCCUGGCUUAAGUAUUAAUUUACAAGCAGUGAGUCUUGAGUUUUUUUUCACAUUUUUCUGCACUUAAUUUUUUUACACUGAAUUUUUAUACUUAAAAAAAAAAAAAAAAAAAGUACACUAAAUUUUUACUCUAUUCAGUUUAAAACACAGUACUUUAACAAACCGUUUUUUAAACAUACCCAUUUUGCUCAAAAAUCUAAAUUCAAUGAAUGAUCAGCAUAAAUUGAUGAAAAAAAAAAAAUCACUUUGCAGAAUAAAAACGCAAAAAAUUCUGUGUAAAAGAAAAAAAAAGCUUUCGUAUCAAAGACACAAAUGCACUCACCACACAUGUCCUCACUUCUUAACUAAGUUAACAUUUGAUUCUGUUAUUACUACAACGCCUCUUUUUACAAUUGUGUGAAACUAAAGAACAUUGAAGUGUAAAUUAAAACAUUCCCUGUACAGUAAAACUUUUAUGAUGGCCACAUCUUCACCCUGGAACUGAUUAUUUUAUAUCCUAUUGAAAAAAAACAUGCUUUUUCCAAAUAGGAUGGUCAAUGGAUUGACAUGAGAGGACAACCAUCAAUCAAUCAAUGUUUACUUAUAGAGCCCUAAAUCAUGAGUGUCUCAAAGGGCUGCACAAGGAUCUAGUUCAUAGUGUGAGAGUCCAGUCCGUAGUGGAUCUAGUUAAUAGUGAGUGUCCAGUCCAUAGUGG